GGCUCAUCCAUUGCUCCGGUGUCUACAUGACAGCCGUUUAGGAUUGCACAUACAGUCAACAGCAAGGAACACCAUGGCGAGAAACCGUGAAGACAGAGACAGCUGGGGGUCCUUCACAGACAAAGCCACCUACGACUGGAGCUCGGAGGAGGAGGAGCCUGAUGGAAGUGCGCGGCCCAUCCAGGUGCUGGUUGUCAAGGACGACCACACCUUCGAGUUGGACGAGGCGGCGCUGAGCCGCAUCCUAUUGGCCGAAGAGGUCCAGAACAGGGAAGUAGUGGCCAUAUCUGUGGCUGGGGCGUUCCGCAAGGGCAAGUCAUUCCUCAUGGACUUCAUGCUGCGUUACAUGUACAGCCAGGCAUCUGAAGAGUGGCUGGGGGAGGCAGAGGAGCCUCUGACUGGGUUCUCCUGGAGGGGUGGAUCUGAGAGAGAGACCACAGGGAUUCAGAUCUGGAGCGAAGUCUUUCUGGUGGACAAGCCAGAUGGACGCAAGGUGGCUGUUCUACUGAUGGAUACUCAGGGCACGUUCGACAGCCAGUCGACGUUGAGGGAUUCAGCCACCGUGUUCGCACUAAGCACCAUGAUCAGCUCCAUGCAGGUGUACAACAUCUCCCAGAAUGUCCAGGAGGAUGAUCUUCAACACUUGCAGCUCUUCACUGAGUAUGGUAGACUGGCCAUGGAGGAGACGUUCCUCAAGCCAUUCCAGUCCAUGAUAUUCCUAGUCCGGGAUUGGAGUUUCCCUUACGAGUUUGGCUAUGGACAGGAAGGAGGCAUGAAGUUCCUGGAGAAGAGGCUCAAGAUCUCUGAGAAUCAGCAUGAGGAGCUGCAGAACGUUCGUAAACACAUCCACUCCUGCUUCACCAACAUCUCCUGCUUCCUGAUGCCCCACCCCGGACUCAAAGUGGCCACCAACCCCAACUUCGACGGCAGACUCAAAGAGAUCGACCGUGAGUUCAUCAACAACCUGCAGGUGCUGGUCCCGUGGCUGCUGAGUCCCAGGAACCUGGAUGUCAAGGAGAUCAACGGCAGCAACAUCACCUGCAGAGGCCUGCUGGAGUACUUCAAGGCAUACAUCAAAAUCUACCAGGGUGAGGAGCUGCCACACCCUAAGUCCAUGCUGCAGGCCACAGCAGAGGCCAACAACCUGGCAGCAGUGGCAGCAGCCAGGGACCUGUACAACAGGAAGAUGGAGCAGGUGUGUGGUGGGGACCGGCCCUUCCUGGCCCCAGCAGAGCUCCAGGCCAGACAGAGUGACAUCAGAGAGGAAGCCCUCCAGGUGUUUCGGGGGGUGAAGAAGAUGGGAGGGGAGGAGUUCAGCCGACGGUACCUGCUACAGCUGGAGGGAGAAGUGGACGAGGUGUUCGUUCAAUACAUCAAGCACAACGACUCCAAGAACAUCUUCCACGCCGCCCGCACCCCGGCCACGCUGUUCGUGGUCAUCUUCAGCAUGUACGUGGUGGCGGGCAUCACAGGCUUCGUGGGGGUGGACAUCAUCGCCAGCGUGUGUAAUAUGAUUCUGGGCCUGGCGUUGAUCACCCUGUGUACCUGGGCUUACAUACGCUACUCUGGGGAGUACCGAGAGCUGGGUCAGGUCAUUGACCAGGUGGCUGGAGCCCUCUGGGACCAGGGAAGCACAAAUGAGGCUCUAUAUAAGCUGUAUACUGCUGCAGCCAGUCACAGGCACCUGUACCACCAUGCGUUCCCUGGCCCCCAGGCCCCUGGAGAGACGAGCGAUACCCACCAGGAACCCACCAGGAAGAGGAACUGACCUGCCGACCUGAUUGGCCAGAGCACAGCAGGGACUGCUGGGAAUCUUUUCAGUAGCAUGAUGGAUAGAGGAGGGGGAGGAGAAGCAGGAAGGAGGAGGGAGGCAUCCUCACCCGUUGGACACUCUUUUACUAUAGUAUUGGCCGGAACAUUCCAGCGACGCGUUCACUAUUUUAAAUCUAUAUGUGGACAAAUGUAAUGUCCCAGAGGUAGUGGCAUAAUCUCCCUUUGAACCGGGUUGCUUGGCCUGUUGCCUUCAAAUAAUGGGUAUUUCACAUAUCAUUGUCUUUCACAAACCACAUUCAACCUUUUCUAUCUGUUUGUAAGAAAAGACAUCUGUAAAUAACACGCAGGACAGCAGGAGUACAGAUCACACUCCACUUGCAAAUUCCCAUCAGCAGUUUGUCUGGACGGAGGUGCAGUAAGUUACAGUUAACCGCUGAUUUCAUUGUGUUACGUGAGAUAGCAUGACGGCCGUCAGCACCGACAGGUCAUCAUCAUCACCAUCGCUUUAGAAUGUUAUCUGUCCGGAAAGACAAUGCUUCGGAUUUCACGAAUGGAAGAUUUCCUGAGUAUGCCAUUGAGGAGAAGUUUAAAUCAAAUUGACCUCUGACCUAUAAACAGAAUGGCGGUCCAUGUAUAUUGAUUAUCAGGUUAAGUGCUGCUUCUCUAAAGGAAAUUAUUCCAUGUUUGAAAGCCAAUGGUUUUGCCCCAAAUGGCUCCCUCUUCCUUAUAUAGUUCACUACUGUUUCUUUUACCAGGGCCCAUAGUGCUCUGGUUAAAAGUCAUUUUAUUUUACUAGGCAAGUCAGUUAAGAACAAAUUAUUUUGAACAAUGACUGUCUACCCCCCUGGCCAAAUCCUAACGACACUGGGCCAAUUGUGCGCCGCCCUAUGGGACUCACGGCCGGUUGUGAUACAGUCUGGAAUCGAACCAGGGACUGUAGUGACGCCCCUAGCACUGAGAUGCAGUGCCUUAGACCACUGUGCUACUCAGGAGCCCAAUGUGCUCUAUAGGGAAUAGGAUGUCAUUGGGGACACGUGCGAAGUCUGUUUAAAUAUACCUAUUUUUGUCAGCAUGGUAAAAUCGUCAGUGUCUACCAUUUUAGAUCCUCCAAGCUUAUCUUCAGUGCGCUGUAUUUUUAUUUCUAUUUCACAUGUUUAGGGCUUGACCUUUGACCUGCCACUUGGUUUGUUUUUUUUGUAAUAUAGGUACUGCGUGCCCAUGUCAUGCAACUACAGUUUCAUAUUUCAUUUGUAAAAAAUUGUACCUUUAUUUUACUAGGCAAGUCAGUUAAGAACUAAUUAUUAUUUUCAAUGACGGCCUGGGAACAUUGGGUCAACUGCCUGUUCAGGGGCAGAACGACAGAUUUGUACCUUGUCAGCUCGGGGAUUCGAACUUGCAACCUUUCGGUUACUAGUCCAACGCUCUAACCACUAGGCUACCCUAGCUACGACAGCACUCACACGUCUUGCUGCAUAAUGAUGCCACGUGUUGAGCAGAACGCAAUCAUCCACUGUCUAUGGUCUAUAAAACAUACCCCCUCGUACAUGUUUUGGUUUGGGGAGGUGGGGGUCAGCUGUCUGUGCUCCCUUAGUCUGCUAGGUGAGUAGGGUGUGGUCGACUGGCUAGGUGAGUAGGAUGUGGACGACUGGCUAGGUGAGUAGGUUGUGACGGGCUGGCUAGGUGAGUAGGGUGUGGUCGACUGGCUAGGUGAGUAGGUUGUGACGGGCUGGCUAGGUGAGUAGGGUGUGACGACUGGCUAGGUGAGUAGGGUGUGGUCGACUGGCUAGGUGAGUAGGUUGUGACCGACUGGCUAGGUGAGUAGGUUGUGACGGGCUGGCUAGGUGAGUAGGGUGUGACGGGCUGGCUAGGUGAGUAGGGUGUGACGGGCUGGCUAGGUGAGUAGGGUGUGACGGGCUGGCUAGGUGAGUAGGGUGUGACGGGCUGGCUAGGUGAGUAGGGUGUGACGGGCUGGCUAGGUGAGUAGGGUGUGACGGGCUGGCUAGGUGAGUAGGGUGUGACGGGCUGGCUAGGUGAGUAGGGUGUGACGGGCUGGCUAGGUGAGUAGGGUGUGACGGGCUGGCUAGGUGAGUAGGGUGUGACGGGCUGGCUAGGUGAGUAGGUUGUGACGGGCUGGCUAGGUGAGUAGGUUGUGACGGGCUGGCUAGGUGAGUAGGUUGUGACGGACUGGCUAGGUGAGUAAGUUGUGACGGACUGGCUAGGUGAGUAGGUUGUGACGGACUGGCUAGGUGAGUAGGGUGUGACGGACUGGCUAGGUGAGUAGGGUGUGACGGGCUGGCUAGGUGAGUAGGGUGUGACGGGCUGGCUAGGUGAGUAGGUUGUGGUCGACUGGCUAGGUGAGUAGGGUGUGACGGGCUGGCUUAGAGGUAGACCGAGAAAUGUAAAACAUUAUAAACAGUUUCACUGCAGUUGACUAUAUUUUAUUUGUCUCUAUCAAUUCAUACUAGUCUGCUUCUUGAACAGUUUGGUAAAUAAAUGAUAUUUUAAACUUGAUAAUGAGGGCUGGGGGAAUAGAUGUUAGUAGAUAGUGAGGUAAUAGAUGUUAGUAGAUAGUGAGGUAAUAGAUGUUAGUAGAUAGUGAGGUAAUAGAUGUUAGUAGAUAGUGAGGGCUGGGGGAAUAGAUGUUAGUAGAUAGUGAGGGCAGUGGGGAAUAGAUGUGAGGUAAUAGAUGUUAGUAGAUAGUGAGGGCUGGGGGGAAUAGAUGUUAGUAGAUAGUGAGGUAAUAGAUGUUAGUAGAUAGUGAGGUAAUAGAUGUUAGUAGAUAGUGAGG